AUGGUUUCAACUAAUAUCGCUAAAACCAAACAUAAAAUCGAAAAUGUAUAUAGAGGACCGAAGAAAAAGUAAUCAAAACGCACGAGCUCAAAAGAACUCUGAACAAAUCAUAAUUCUUCUGAAGCUGAAGUUCUACUCCACAAGGGUCUUUACUGUGCCUGCUAAGUUCAAACCCUAAAGCUUCCUUCUCAAUCUCUUCACAUUCCUCUGAGCCUGAGUUCUCGUCAAUCCUCAUCGUUCAAUCUUCCACCUCGUUAUACACGUUUUUCUUUCAGUGAUUCAGCAGAAAAUAGAAUUUCUAGAUUCGCAUUUGGUAUUUCGUAUUGGGAAUUUGUAUAGCAAACUUGGGAUCUCAUGGAGGCUGACAGAUUAAAUACCCCAACCACCUUUGAGAUGCCAUUGGAGGUGUUUGGUCACGAAUUGCAAUUUGCUCAGGACCCCAAUUCUAAGCACCACGGAACUACAGUAUGGGAUGCAUCACUUGUUUUUGCCAAGUUUCUUGAACGGAAUUGCAGAAAAGGAAGGUUUUCCCCCGCCAAACUUAAAGGAAAACGUGUAAUAGAACUAGGGGCUGGUUGUGGUGUUUCUGGGUUUGGCAUGGCUUUACUCGGUUGCAAUGUUACAGUGACAGACCAAGAGGAGGUUUUGCCAUUGUUACAAAGAAACGUCGAUCGUAAUACUUCAAGGGUCAUGCAAAAGAAUCCUGAUUCAUUUGGUUCAAUCAAGGUUUCGGUGCUUCAAUGGGGAGAUGAGAGUCACAUUAAGGAUGUUGGUCCUCCAUUUGAUUACAUUAUUGGCACUGACGUUGUUUAUGCAGAACAUCUAUUGGAGCCUCUGUUGCAGACAAUACUUGCUUUAUCUGGACCUAGGACUACUAUUGUGUUGGGUUAUGAGAUCCGUUCCACCAGUGUCCACGAGAAGAUGCUUCAGAUGUGGAAAAAACACUUUAACGUGAAGACUGUUUCAAAAUCAAAGAUGGAUGAAACAUUUCAACAUCCAAGCAUUCAACUAUAUAUUCUGGGAUUAAAACAUUCAGCAGAGAACUCAGGUCAAGCUGCUGCUGAAAAAGUUGAUGUUGAAACUGGUGUUAAAGAUAAAAACACCGAGGAGAGUACUGUAGUAGAAGGAGCUGGUCUUAUUGAAGAAAACACUGAGGAUCAUAGUAAUUCAAUUCCCCCAAAUGCAAACCUUAGUGAGUGGGAGGCCAGAAGGUAUGGCUCAAUGGCUGCAAGGAUUCUUCGAGAUGUUAAAAUAUCAUGAUAUCGAGAGUUGGUUUAAGAACAGUGGUCCGGUUAGACGUUUUGUCUUAGUGUUCACCUUUAUAUGACUCAUCUUUUAUCAGGAUCACUAGCUGGAUUCCGAUCUUUCUGCCGUUGAAGUUUGAGUGUGGCAAUGAUGUAUUUUGCCAGAACUUGAAAGCAUUCGCAUAAUGGUUGGCAACUGCAUCAUCAAGUUGAGGUCUACCGAACAUGUAUGGGAUUGUCUUUUUAAAAUUAGGCAUGUAGUUUGGAUUAAUAUGAUUCUUUAGAAAUGAGAGUUUAUCCAAUAAAAAGUGUAUGAUUUUUAACUAGCAAAA